AUGACAAAGCGGAACCUUUACACCCAUGUAAAACAUACGUUUAUCGUGUUCUCUCGGAUUGGUGUGGGGCUCAUGGAGCCUGAUGCCUGGUCCUCAAACAUGGAGCACUCAGAUCUUCUCACACACAAGAAUGGACGACAGAGAAAGAUGGCUGGUGGUUCCAGUCGCUCUGAAAACCUAAAGGACAGUAAUAGAGUGGAGAUGACCUCCUCUGAAGAUGAAAUGGAGGGGGAAUCCGAUGGUUUGAUUACAUCCUCAUUUGGGAGAAGAAAGUCAUGGCUGGUGCCAACACAAUAUCUUCUUGGUAUCUUCAUGAUCUGGUUAUCGUUUACGGUUAAUGGGCUGCUACAGAAAGAAGGUGGACCUGAUAUCGUAACACUAACAUCAGUGUUCUUCAUGUUGGCCUUUUUGGCUGCAACACAGGAUAUAGCUGUAGAUGGUUGGGCACUGACAAUGUUAUCAAGAGAAAAUGUGGGCUAUGCAUCCACAUGUAACUCUGUGGGCCAAACUGCAGGCUAUUUUCUUGGUAAUGUGCUUUUUUUGGCAUUAGAGUCUGCAGACUUCUGCAAUAAAUACCUCAGGACAGAGCCUAAGGGCACAGGAAUUGUCGAAUUAUCAGAUUUUCUGUUUUUCUGGGGUGUGGUAUUCAUGGUGUCCACAACACUGGUGGCCAUUUUCAAAAGGGAAAAUGUCAACAAGAAAAGAAAGGAAGAGGAAAGGCAUGGUGUCAUGGAAACCUACAAGUUGCUUUUUACUAUCAUCAAGAUGCCCACCGUAUUCACCUUUUGUGUCCUGCUUCUAACAGCAAAGGUCGGUUUUUCUGCUGCCGAUACAGUGACGGGUCUAAAGCUUGUUGAAGAAGGAGUUCCUAGGGAGCAGUUAGCCUUGUUGGCUGUCCCUUUGGUGCCCCUGCAGAUCUUACUUCCCAUUAUCAUCAGUAAAUACACUGCAGGCCCCCGGCCACUGGACAUCUUCUACAAAGCCUUUCCCUUUAGAUUGCUCAUUGGGUUGGAGUAUGCGUUGCUUGUGUGGUGGACGCCUUUUGUCAGACAUGAACAUGGAUAUCCAGUUUACUACUAUGCUGUUAUACUUAUUAGCUACGCCUUACAUCAGGUGGCAGUGUACAGUAUGUAUGUCGCCUGCAUGGCCUUCCACGCCAAAGUGAGCGAUCCACUGAUUGGUGGGACCUAUAUGACUCUGCUGAACACGGUCACUAAUCUGGGAGGUAACUGGCCCUCCACUGUAGCUCUGUGGCUCGUGGAUCCACUGACCACUAAGGAGUGCCAGGGAGCUCCUGGACAGAGCUGUGACACGUCCGAAGCCGCUGGGCUGUGCGUCCAGGGCGGCGGGACUUGUCUUACCAUCAUGGACGGCUACUACGUGGAGUCUGCUGUCUGUGUUGUGAUCGGUAUCAUCUGGUGGUUAUCGCUUGGAAAGAAAAUGAGGCGGCUGCAAGAAAAGAGUCCUGCAGCUUGGAGAUGUCAAGUAAAUUCUUAA